AUGCAAUACUUGGCUGCUCUGGGAGGUGGAAGUGGGAUCGAGUAUGAGAUACUAAAGACCAAUCCCAUCUUGGAAGCAUUUGGGAAUGCAAAAACACUGAGAAACGAUAAUUCUAGCCGUUUUGGGAAGCUGAUAGAGAUUCAUUUUAGUGAAACAGGAAAGAUUUCCGGUGCUAAAAUUCAAACAUGUAAGAUUAAAGUGGUUCAAUGUGCGGAAGGAGAGAGAUCAUAUCACAUAUUUUAUCAGCUAUGUGCUGGAGCUUCACCUGCGCUUAGAGAGAAGCUAAAUUUGACAAGCGCACAAGAGUACAAUUAUUUGAGACAGAGCAAUUGCUAUUCAGUUAAAGGAGUUGAUGACGCUGAACGUUUUCACGCUGUUCAGGAAGCUUUAGAUAUUGUGCACGUUAAUAAAGACGACCAAGAAAGUGUAUUUGCAAUGCUUGCAGCAGUAUUAUGGCUGGGGAAUGUCUCUUUCUCCAUUACUGACAAUGAAAACCACGCUGAACCUGAGUCAGAUGAAAGUUUAUCAACUGUUUCUAGAUUGAUUGGGUGCAACAUCAAUGACCUUAAGCUAGCUCUAUCAAAGCGUUAUAUGACAGUUCGAAGUGAAACUUUUGUACAGAAGCUAACACUUCCGCAGGCCAUGGAUGCAAGAGAUGCUUUAGCAAAGUCAAUCUAUGCCUGCCUAUUUGACUGGCUGGUUAAACAGAUAAACAAAUCUCUUGCGGUGGGAAAGAGGAGAACUGGCAGAUCCAUCAGCAUUCUUGACAUCUAUGGCUUUGAAUCAUUCAAUAAGAAUAGUUUUGAGCAGUUCUGUAUAAAUUACGCGAAUGAGAGAUUGCAGCAACACUUUAAUCGCCAUCUAUUCAAGCUAGAGCAGGAGGAAUAUAUCAAAGAUGGGAUUGACUGGACAAGGGUUGAUUUUGAGGACAACCAAAAUUGUCUCAGGCUCUUUGAAAAGAAACCAUUAGGCCUCCUCUCUCUUCUGGAUGAGGAAUCGACAUUUCCGAAUGGCACAGAUUUGACACUUGCCAACAAGCUUAAGGAACACCUAACUGAUAAUUAUUGUUUUAAAGGAAAUCGAGGGAAUACUUUCACGGUUGCUCAUUAUGCUGGAGAGGUUACAUAUGAGACAACUGGAUUUCUAGAGAAGAACCGGGAUUUGCUGCAUUCGGAUUCUAUUAAGCUUUUAUCAUCUUGCUCUUGCCACCUUCCCCAAGCGUUUGCGUCUAGUAUGGUCGUCCAUUCUGAAAAAUCUGUAGUUGGUCCUUUACACAAAGCAGGUGGAGCUGAUUCCCAGCGACUGAGUGUAGCAACUAAAUUUAAGGGUCAACUUUUCCAAUUGAUGCAACGUCUGGGAAAAACUACCCCACAUUUCAUUCGCUGCAUAAAGCCAAACAAUGUUCAGUCUCCGGGGUUGUAUGAGCAAGAGCUUGUCUUACAGCAGCUAAGAUGCUGUGGGGUCCUCGAAGUGGUUCGAAUUUCCCGGUCUGGAUUUCCUACUAGAAUGUCUCAUCAGAAGUUUGCCCUAAGGUAUGGUUUCCUUCUGCUGGAGAGCAUUGCAGCAAAAGAUCCUCUUAGUGUUUCGGUUGCAAUUCUUCAUCAGUUCAACAUCUUGCCAGAGAUGUAUCAAGUCGGCUACACAAAACUGUUCUUCAGAACUGGCCAGAUUGGGGUUCUUGAAGAUACAAGGAACCGCACUCUUCAUGGGAUUUUACGUCUCCAAAGCUGUUUUAGAGGACACCAAGCACGAAGUCUUGUUCGUGGAGAAAAGAUGAGAAAGGAAUACACCGAGUUACUACGGAGGCAUAGGGCUUGUUCUGCUAUACAAAGCCAUGUUAAGAGAGGGAUUGCUAAGAGACAGUAUAAAGCCAAGGUUGAUGCAUCUGUUGUAAUACAGUCAGCAAUUCGUGGCGAGCUGGUUAGAAGAAGCGGUGGGGAUAUUAAAUAUGGAGGCACCAAGAUUAAUGAGUCAGGAGAGGUGUUAGUGCAGGCAUCAGUACUUUCCGAACUUCAGCGCAGGGUUCUGAGAAGCGAAGCUGCUCUUCGUGAGAAAGAAGAGGAGAACGAUAUUCUCAGACAAAGACUCCAGCAGUAUGACAAUCGGUGGUCUGAAUACGAGACGAAGAUGAAAUCCAUGGAAGAAAUUUGGCAAAAGCAAAUGAGAUCUCUGCAAUCUAGUCUGUCCAUUGCAAAGAGAAGCCUAGAUGUCGAGGGUUCACCCAGAUACUCAGAUGCAUCUGUGAAUGCUAGUUAUGCAAGUGAUUUAUCUGCAAGUGGUGAUUUCAGGACCCAUGGAAGAACUAGUAGUGUUGGAUUAAGCGUGAUAAGCCGUUUAGCAGACGAAUUUGGACAAAGAGCUCAGGUGUUUGGAGAUGACACAAAGUUCUUGAUGGAAGUGAAAUCUGGUAAGAUAGAAGCGAACUUGAGUCCGGAAAGGGAGCUAAGGAGGCUGAAGCAGAUGUUUGAGACAUGGAAGAAGGAUUAUGGAGGGAGACUAAGGGAAACGAAAACCAUACUUAGUAGACUUGGGAGUGAAGAAACUGGUGGUUCACCUUCAGUGGAGAGGGUGAAGUCGAAGUGGUGGGGAAGGUUAAGGAGUCCCAGACGUUAAUGGUAUGUUCCGUUUCUUGAGAGGCACGUCUCUCUUUGUUUUACACGUUUGAUGUCAUCUGAGGUUUUGGUUUUGUUGCUGAGAGGUGGGAAGGCUCAUGGGACUAAAAUGAGUCAUGUUUCUCAUUUCCAUCCAAAUUUACUGGCAGAUUCAGUAAAUAUUUUUUAUACAUUAUUCAUGUAUUGAUAAUAUAUUCAUUUGUCUCAGACCUAUGUGGACUGACCAGUGUUGUGGAAACAUAUAAAGGCAUCAAUAAAUAUGUGUGCAGAAACUGACAAAUACAUUUUAAGAGAGCAACGAAUCC